CUGCCACAGAGCCUCGUCACUACAGGCUCUCACUUCCUCAAAUCUUUCACCAGAGGAGCAGCUGAGGAGCUGCCAUGGCCCAGACUUAAACUAACAAUUGAAAAGAAGCCAAAGGACAAAGAGCACCUAAUCCCACGUGGACGACUAAACUCUACUGUCGGAAGCAGCCAAAAGAAACACCACCCAAGUGAUCACAUAACAGACGUAUCAAACUGUGUAGCCGGGCUUCAAAUGGCUGACAAGCAGAUCAGUUUGCCUGCCAAAUUGAUCAAUGGGGGGAUCGCCGGCCUAAUUGGAGUGACCUGUGUGUUUCCCAUUGACCUGGCCAAGACCCGCCUGCAAAACCAGCAAAAUGGAUCCCGCCUUUACAACAGCAUGUCAGAUUGCCUUAUUAAGACCAUCCGGUCUGAAGGUUAUUUUGGAAUGUACCGGGGGGCUGCGGUGAACUUAACGCUUGUCACACCAGAGAAAGCUAUCAAACUAGCUGCUAAUGACUUCUUCAGACAUCACCUCUCCAAGGACGGAAAACUCACACUGUGGAAAGAGAUGCUGGCUGGGUGUGGGGCAGGUACCUGCCAGGUUAUUGUAACAACUCCUAUGGAGAUGUUAAAAAUCCAGCUCCAGGACGCUGGGAGAAUUGCUGCUCAGAGGAAGCUCAUGCCAGAGACGGUGCCAGCAGGCACCGUGGAGACAAAGUCCCCGACAGCCAUGCAGCUGACCAGACAAUUGCUGAGUGAAAAGGGCAUCGCUGGGCUUUAUAAAGGCCUCGGUGCCACAUUGCUCAGGGAUGUUCCUUUCUCCAUCAUAUACUUCCCACUUUUUGCCAACCUGAAUAACCUUGGGAAGAAAGAUGCAGACGGCCCGGCUCCUUUCUAUGUGUCCUUUAUAUCCGGCUGCCUUGCAGGGAGCACAGCGGCUGUCGCUGUCAACCCCGUUGAUGUAAUAAAAACUAGACUGCAGUCCCUUAACCGAGCAAGCACAGAAGACACCUACAACGGAGUGACUGACUGUAUCAGGAAAAUCAUGCGCAACGAGGGCCCAUCGGCCUUCCUGAAGGGAGCCUACUGUCGAGCCCUGGUCAUCGCGCCUCUGUUUGGCAUUGCCCAGGUGGUCUACUUCUUUGGUGUGGGCGAAUUUCUCCUCAGCCUCUUACCUAAAAAAGACAACUAAGGAUCUCCUCCAUCGUACCUUUCCCUCCCAUAAUGCACCACAUCAACUGACUGAAGAUCUUCUGAAACAGGUUUUUUUUUUUUGUACGAUCAAUUCCAGUCAGUACAUUUAAUUUUCAAUUAGCUGUAUUGAAUGUUCAAAAAGUUCAAGAGGGAGCCUCUUUUAUUAUUUUGUUGUUGUUUUUUUGCCAAGCUGCCUGUGGUGGCACUUAAAAUUCCAGUUCAUGAGCUGCGUUUCUGGAAACAAAGCCACAAAUAGCAGUCCAGCAUUUUAAAUGAAUAUUUCUUAAGUAUUACUUAACUUUUAUUGAUUGUUUUGUUUAUUUGCUGUUGUUGAUUAUCAAAUGUUAAAGCAUAUGCUGCAGUCCUUUAAAAUAUCGCAGUACCGAUUUUUAGACCGAAUUGUUUAGACAUUGACCCAUUAUUAUAAGAAAAGCACUCAGUCUAUUAAAAAUCAGUUUGUCAUCUCAAAUUGAAUUAAAAACAGCACAAGUCUCAAAGAGCAAAGUAUGGGAACUUUAAAUCUGUUGGAAUAGUUUUAGAACAUGGGACUUCCUCAGAUGUUGUAUCUUAAAAGAGAGGUUCCAUGAAACCUUGCCUUCUCCAGGCAAGGUUUUGAUAUGUUCCCAGCACAAUCCCUAUGAUCUUUAGACAGAAUCUGCAUCCCUUCCUGCCCACUUAAGUCUUGUAAUGAACUCAGCUAUUCAUCUCCAAGCAGGCUUUGAUUGCCUUGGUGCUUUCAGUAGAUCAGGUUCCAUCUGAUAUUUAGUGCAACUACAAUGGUUCAACUGUUUUGCCUCCCUGAGAAAUUUGUUCUGGUUACACACCAGACCAAAGCCAGCGUGCACCACAGCAGAUUGCUACAAACCCUGCUGUCAUUGUUAAAGCGGGAUGCAGAAUCACAAAGCAGUACUGCUACGUUGCUGGUUUCUUAUGUUUCCUGGUCCAGGCUGCUGCACACCUGCCGCUCCCUGAUCAGUGAAGUCACACCUCCUGUGAUUGGUUGUGUCCAUGUGUGAUGGAAGAUGCUGGCUGUGACUUCACUGAUUUUUCGCAGCAGCACUUUCUGCCAUUGGUCUUUCACUUUGAUUCAGAUAAAUGCAUUUGUUGUGAGCAUGAUUUAUCCUGAAAGUCUCUUAAGUGUAAAGCUACUUUGUUAGCUAUCGCAAUGACAAAUAGUCAGACGUCACUCUCCAUAAAGUAUGCGUACAGUCAUCCUUUGUGGAGCGAGCACGUCUUUUAUUUUCCCCUGUCAUAAAGAAAUGAGAUUGCUUUUGUUUACAGAUGAGUUCACUCUCAGUUUUAAUGCUUUGUCCAAACUUGAACUGUGGCAGGACCCAAAGAGCUAAUGAAAAACCGCUGUGUUCUCAGCAUUGUAUGAUUUUGACCAAACAUCUAUGCUUGUUUGCUUUUGAGGUUUUGUUUGCUUUAAGCCGGCGGGGGAAAAAACAGCUCUGGCGUAUCUUGUUUAUGCAUCACAGCAACACUGAAGCCCUGCCAUUGGCUUAUCUUGUCGGAGAUCAAGGUGACUUUGAUGUGUAAUAUCCAAUCACAUUCCUUCCUUGCUUCCACUGGUAAAGCAGCUUCUCAAUUGUUGUGUUGCCCUGUGGAUCCACAGUGCAACUUUUCAGUGUAAUAUCAUUAGUGGGUGUGAGCUUUGUUUAUCCAUACUUCUUUCUGGAGGCAGUAUAGCACUAUAGAUCCGUGUGUGUUGUUGUUUUUUGUGUCAAAUUGUCCACCUUAAUGUUGUACAUAUGCAGAUGAUAUGAACUUUGUUUUUGAGUCUAUUAUUUUGUAUGAUGGCUUAUUUGCACACCUACCUCUCCACCCUCCCCCAUCAAAUCAUAUCGUGGUCAUUUAAUGUCAUUGUGAUGUGGACAUAUCAAGUGAAGAAACAGAAGAGCAACAAAUGUCACUGAAACGUGAAUCUAACAUAUUAUUGAGAUUAUUUUUGUUUUGCUGUAUGCCAAGCGGCACACGUGCUUGAUUGCUGUUUGUUUGUUUUUGUUUUUGUGGAGACGCCACUCCUCCUUAGCUAUUGGUUAAAUGUGUGUCUGCAACAUCACAGGACCAAAAGAAGAUCUAAAUGCUCAAAGAAAUUUUGUAUGAAGUGAAUGCUGGCAAAAGUAAUAUAAACCGGCCCAGACAAGCUCCACAGAGCUCACAGCAGUGUAAAUCUAACUAAAUGGUGCUUCAUCCACAAGGAUGCUGAAAUAUGACAGUGGCCACACUAAGAGCCAGGCUGGUUGGAUGGAGCUGAUACGGGCGUUGUCAACGUCUUAACUGAAAGCCAUAAUUCAGAGAGGGACUGCUAGCCAUCGAUGGCCCCCACCCCACAACGAUGAUGGUGGAUGACAGCUUGAUUUACAGGCCCAGAAAAGGCCCGCCUGAGCACAACAGCGAGCUUGGCUUUAUGAAUGACUGUUUAGCAGUUUGUUUCGACAUUCCAGCUUGAUUUGAUACGAGUUAUCAAGUUUGUGUGGUUGAGAUUGUAAUGAUUCCUCUCCUCUCAUUCCUCCCCCGCAGUCUUCAGAUUGUUUCCGUUUUUUAUGUUUUUGAUUGAAUCUUGAACAGUGUCGUGCAAAGUCACUUCGUUUUACUCGGCUGUGAAUUCUCACCGACCUUGUGCUUUUGGUUAAGCGUGUGUGUGUGCGUGCGUGUGUCUGACAGUGUAGUGCUGUAGUUGAUGUGUAGCUGUUAGGGUGACUUUGCUGUAUUUUAUUUCCUCUUUGAUUGUUGCCCCCCACUUUCUCUCCCGCUGUGUAUUUGUCACAAUCUGCCAUCUACUCAAUCCAGCAUCCGCCACCAGGAAGCUGGCCAAUGCAGAGUAACUUCUAAAACACCAAAUGUUUGAUUUAGAGUGUAUACAAUCAAAGAAAGCACAAGGGAUUACGACACAUUAGAUACCGCGGGACCAUCUCUGAUUUACGGACAGAAAUUAACGUGAAUCUUGAUAGUCUGGAUUGUGGGAAAUGUUUGUCUGUUUGUAAGUUAAAAAAAAAGGAAAGAGGGCUGAGACGGCAGGCCAUAAGAGACCCACUUGAUGGUGUCCACUAUGUCACCCAUCAGCAGAUAGCCACAAAAUAUAUGUUGCCUACAUAUUCUGUAUGAAUCAAAUAUAAGAAUGUAACUUAGAUAUUAAGAGAUGUAUUAUAAUUAUAGUGAAGAGUUUAUUACAUUUCAAAGCUUAAGAUUUGUGCUUUACACGUUCACUGAAAAAUUCUCCAGCCAGCUCACUGAUAUGCAAUAGUUAGAAUCCACACUCACACACAGAGUAGAGACAAGUCGGACAGCACUGAACACAACCAAGUAAUCACAAGUCACAAUGUUUAUGACUGAUGCAACAGGGAAGCUUGGAGGCCUUUUGGGAUCUGAGCUCACCUCACGUCCCUGUUCUCUUCCUCCACGAGGAAACGUGCAAUACAGCACUUUAAAACAAGGACCCCCGACCUGUUGUCUAUCUACAAAGAUUCUCUAUGACAUAGAGGGUGUUUAUGAGUAUGUGUGGUGAAUGACACAGUGGUGUUGGAAACUGUUUGCAAUGGAGUGGGAAAAUAUCUAUACAUAUUGUGUUCCUUGUCACAAUUCACUGUUCAAUAAACUGUCUUUAAAUUAGA